CUCUUAGUGGUAAGGCUUAGUGUUCUCCUUUGGUUUAGCAAUAGCAACUGCCCUCCUUUGUCAACUAGGUAAGCAAGUUCAGAGACAGCGGGAUCUCCCGAACAAUUCUCCUACUUAGUGGUUAGCCCUUUCUCUCUUACUGAUUGAGAAGUCCAGUAUGUCUUGACAUGGAGAAGACGAGGAAGGACAGAUCAGCAGGACUCCCGACCCAUAGUAGAGCUAAAGCAGCCGUAGCAGUGAAGUCUAUAGAGACUCCUGGUCCUGGUAAAGUAGCCGGAGCCUCGGUCUAUUCAUCUUCCACUUCAAAGCAGCGAGGCCCUAAGGAAGCAAAGCGGAGGAGAGAGGCAUAUGAAACACAGAAUAUGAGAGGGUAUUCGGUGAGUCAGAGCCCCAUUCCUGCUGCUUCUGCAGAUAGGGAAGACAUAAGCCGUUUCCUUGUUCCGGAAUCUGAGUCCUCUUCACCUAAUACAAUUUCCUUGUUCAAUCGAUGUCCGUCGAUACAUCUCUCGCUAUGGCAAGGAAGAUCAAUGGGAUGCUGUUCAACUGAGAGAAGAGAUGCUCCUGAUAGAUGGGAUCCUGUUCCUACCAAACUGAUAGAAGGCUCUGCUAAUCCUACCAAACUAAAGAAGGAAUGGAGGACUAAAGAAAAUGGCAGAAGGUCUGCUGUUCCGAAGGGAUGCUAUUCCGCUGAUAGAAGGGAAGUCAACUCGGGGAUUCGGAUGUUGAGAUGCCAGAGGAGUGAUGGAAUAUCCAGCUGCCAGGAUAGAGGAAUGAUGUGAAUGAGAUGCCUGAUAGAGGAGUUCAGUGUAUUCGGAUGUUGAGAUGCGAAUCUCCAGUAGAAAGGCUAGCGGAUGUUGCUAACGUAUAAAGGCUAGCGUGUGCU